AUGGCUACACUGGCCCUGCUACUGGGGCUGCCUGUGCAGUUAAAGAGCAUACAGCACCAUUUGAGAAAGGUGCAGGAGCAUGACAAGCGGGAUAUCGUGGUGGCCUACUACUGUCUUUUAUAUGGUAUGCAAACUGGAAUGAAGAUUGAUAGUAAAACUCCUGGGUGUCGUAAAUUUUUAUCAAAGCUAAUGGAUCAGUUAGAAACUCUUAAGAAACAGUUGGGGGAUAAUGAAACUGUUACUCAAGAAAUAGAUGGUUGUGCCCAUUUGGAAAAUUAUGCUUUGAAAAUGUUCUGGUACACAGACAAUGAAGACCGAGCUGGACGAUUUCACAAAAACAUGAUCAAGUCCUUCUACACUGCUAACCUUUUAAUAGAUGUCAUCACAGUGUUUGGUGAACUCACAGAUAAAAAUGUGAAACAUAGAAAGUACGCCAGGGGGAAGGCAACAUAUAUUCAUAACUGCUUAAAGAAUGGGGAGACUCCUCAAGCAGGGCCUGUUGGAAUAGAGGAAAAUAACAAUGUUAAAGAAAAUGAAGAUGUUGGCGCAACCUCUCUGCCUACUCAGCCACCUCAGCCGUCAUCAUCUUCAACAUCCGACCCGAGCAACUUGGCAACAGGCAGCUACAGUGGAAUGCAGAUUUCUCCAGGUGCACCAGCCAAUAUCCCUGCAAAGGUGCCACACAGCACAGCUUCCCAGGGGGAUAUCUGCCUGACCCCAGAGGACGUUGCUGGAGCUCAGAAGUACUGUAAGUGCGCUGGCAGUGCACUACAGUAUGAAGGUGUGGGCACCGCUAUGCAGAACCUACAGAAGGCUCUCAGGCUGCUAACAACAGGCAGGGAGUGA